GAGCCAGUUCUGUUACAGUUUUCAGCUGUUAAACACAACUUUUUGUGCCUUCUGUGCCUGCCUCUCUGCCUGUGCCUUUUUUGUGUGUGUUUUUGUGUGUGUGUGUGCAUUUUGCCUUCAAUCGAUCCUCUCUCCUCCUCUUUCGAUUUGCUAUUGCCACCGAUAUCCAUCGUCAUCGCCACCGCCGUCGCCGCCGUCACUUACACCGUGUUGUAAAGCCGAAGCCAAAGUCUCACAAUUGUGUAAUGUCGAUGAACCACGCUGUGUAUUCAAACGAGUGCCACGCCAACUUACUACAACAACAACUACCAUCAACUGAAGCCGAUAUCGAUCAUAUCGAAAUCGAAACCCACUUGCAGGAUAUAUCCUAAAAAUCGCCACAAAAAUCCAAAAAAAAAACCAAAAACCAAAAAAAAAACCGCUUCAAAGAAUUGUUGGGUUUUUUUGGUGUUUCAUCUGCGAUUUGAGAUACAUAUGAAUUAGAGUUCGAAUGUGCCAAGGCCGUGAUCUAGACAUUCGUUACGCGAAUUAUCACUGAAGAAACUAAAAAAAAAAACAUAUUCAAAAAAACUAAGAAGAAGAAUACAGUCGCUUCCGCUCGAUUAGCGCUCUUCCUCUCCAUCUCUCUCCAUCUCUAUCUCUCUCGCUGUCUCUCUGUGUUGACUGUGACUGUCUCUCUGGCUCGCUUACGCUACCAUUUGGACACCAAUCUCUGACGAUCUUCUUCAAGACGGGACCCAAAUCUCUGUGAACUCUGAGCUACGAAAUAAAUACUACGCAUCUGCGUGUAUAAGCAAAUCAUAUUCAAGAUUCCGCCACCAAUCUGCUACAAGGUCACCAAGACGGCAUCCCGCGUCGGACAUAUGUCAUUGCUAAAUCAAUUGCUAUUGAAUUUUAAUCAAAAAACACAAACUAGAAGUCAUCAUAAUCUAGAGCUGAUAAACUCCUUUAUAACAUAACAACCAGCUAACACUCAAAAAACAAAAAGAAAAAAUCAGCAUUCAGAUCUCGCGAUCGACUGUUUUAUUUUUAAGCGUUAGGGAGAAAUUCGCAAACAUUUUUUACCGGAAGAAAAAAAAGAAAUCAAAUUAACAA